ACAGGCCAGAGGAUGACGGUGAGAGACGGCCAGGGCGGAGGAGGCAUGAGCGGCCAGUCCUAGACAGCGCCAGCCUCUGCUUGGGCUCCCCUGCUCCCCCAAUUCCUCUGGGCACCCCAGAGCCCAGAGUCCCAGGAGGUGUGUCCAGGAUGGGUGCAGGGGCCGCGCUCCAGCGCUCUCCAGUGUGGGGGCUGCUGUGCUGCUGUUUCCUCUGUGGCGGGGCUCUGGGGAGCCCGAGGCCCCUGCCUUCUCUGCCCCCGCUCCCUGCCCAAACCGAGCCUGCAUUGGAGCCUGUGUGGAGGCCCCUACCGGGAGCUGGGGCCGCCCUGGCUUUUCUCUACUCGGGAGAUGCCCACCAGCUGGUGGGCGCCAACUGCAGUGAGCCUUACGAGGCUCUCGGGGUGGAAGCCAGAGCAGGGCUCCCCCCGGUGCUGCAGGGGGCAGCAGGCACCCUGGCCCAGGCUGCCAACUUUCUCAACAUGCUGCUGCAGGCCAACGACAUCCGUGAGUCCAGCGUGGAGGAAGAUGUAGAAUGGUACCAGGCCCUGGUCCGCAGUGUGGCCGAGGGUGACCCCAGGGCCUACCGGGCUUUGCUGACCUUUAACCCCCCACCAGGAGCCAGCCACCUACCUCUGGCCCUGCAGGCCACCCGGAUGGGGGCAGAGACCCUCCUGCAGGACUUGUCCGGGAACAGGAUGCAGGAGGAGAGCCCAGCCGAGGACUUGGACAGCUUUGGCCUACAGAAGCGGGUACUGACCAAUGACCUGAGGAGCCUCAACAGUCCCAAGUGGCCCCAGGGGGAUGGAUACGUGGGGGACACACAGCAGGUGAGGCUGUCCCCUCCCUUUCUGGAUUGCCAGGAGGGCCAGCUCCGGCCCGGCUGGCUGGUCACUCUCUCUGCCACCUUCUAUGGACUCAAGCCCGACCUCAGCCCGGAGGUCAGGGGACGGGUGCAGAUGGACAUAGACCUCCAGACCGUGGACAUCAAUCAGUGUGCCAGUGGCCCCAGCUGGUUCUCUAACACGCACCUGUGUGACCUUAACAGCACCCAGUGUGUCCCCUUGGAGGGUCAGGGUUUCAUCCUUGGCCAAUACCUCUGUCGCUGCCGGCCUGGAUUCUUCGGGGCAAGUGGCUCUGGGGCACUAGAGGAGGAUAUUGCACAGACCACCGGGGAGGGGAGGCUGCUGCGGUGCCAGCCAUGCCCAGAGGGCUGCACUGGCUGUGUGGAUGACACGCCGUGCCUGGUGCAGGAGGCCCUGGCGCUGCGGGCUGCGGUGCUGGCCUGCCAGGCCUGCUGCAUGCUGGCGGUGUUCCUGAGCAUGGUAAUCUCCUAUCACCGCCGCUGGAGCAAGAGGAUUCGGGCAUCUGGAGUCGUCCUGCUGGAAGCCAUCCUUUUCGGAUCCCUGCUUCUCUACUUCCCUGUCUUUAUCCUGUACUUCAAGCCCAGCGUCUUCCGCUGCAUUGCUCUCCGCUGGGUCCGGCUGCUGGGUUUUGUCACCGUCUAUGGGACCAUCACACUCAAGCUUUAUAGGGUGCUCCAGCUGUUUCUGUCCCGCUCGGCCCAGCGUGGCCCACACCUGGGCAGCGGGCAGCUGCUGCGGCGCCUGGCGCUGCUCUUGCUCGCCGUGCUGGGCUUCCUGGCCGUGUGGACGGCGGGCGUCCUGGAGCGAGGCCAGCUCAUGCCUCUGGUGAUCCGAGGCCACACUCCCACCGGCCGCCACUUCUUUCUCUGUCACCAUGACCUCUGGGACUACAUCAUGGUUGUGGCGGAGGUGCUGCUGUUGUGCUGGGGCAGCUUCCUGUGCUACGCCACCCGCGCGGUCCCCUCGGCCUUCCAUGAGCCACGCUACAUGAGCAUCGCCCUGCACAACGAACUGCUGCUCUCCGCGGCCUUCCACACGGCCAGGUUCAUGCUGGUUCCCUCCUUGCACCCGGACUGGACCCUCGUCCUCUUCUUCCUGCACACCCACAGCACGGUCACCGCCACGCUGGCUCUCAUCUUCCUCCCUAAGUUCCAGAAGCCGGGGGUACAGCCCCAUGAGGAGAUCUUGGACGAGGUGUAUGAGGAUGAGUUGGAACUGCAGCGCUCAGGCUCCUACCUGAACAGCAGCAUUGCCUCGGCCUGGAGCGGGCACAGCCUGGACCCUGGGGACAUUCGGGAUGAGUUGAAGAAGCUAUAUACCCAGCUAGAGGUCCGAAAGACCAAGGAGAUGGCUGCUAACAACCCGCACCUGCCUAAGAAGAGGGGCAGCUCCCGCCAGGGGCUGGGCCGCUCCUUCGUGAGAUACCUGGCUGAGUUCCCCGAGGCCCUAGCCAGGCAGCACUCCCGGGGCUCCAGCUCCCUGGGCUGUAGUAGCUUGCCUGGCUCCUCCCGCCGCCGGCUGUUGAGCUCUGGCCAGCAAGAUGCUGAGGGGUCCCCUGCCCUGGCCAAUUCCCACAGCACCUGUGACCAGCACCAGGAGCAGGAGCCAGCCCUCCUGGGCUCCGUGCUGCAGAGAAACCUAUCUCGGAAGGCCUUGAGGCUGGAUGGCCAGGAGCCUGCCACCACCGAGGGGCCACUAGCCCUGGGCUUCCGCUCGGCCAGUGCCCACAACCUGACUGUGAGCGAGCGGCUGCCCCGGGCCCGGCCCAGCUCCCUGCAGAAGUCACUCAGUGUGGUGGCUGACACCAGGGAAAAGGCCCUGCUGCUGGCCAGCCAGGCCUACCUGGAAGAGACCUACUGGCAGGCAAAGGAGAGACAGGAGCGAAAGAGGGCCGAGGUGGCCAUGGCCAGUUCGCUGCGCAGGCCAUUAACCAGGAGGCCGGAGCGGGCCUGGGGUGUCCCCCUGUCUGCCCCACCAUCCCCUGCCAAGAGCAGCAGCAUGGACAGCUCUCAGGCCACUGGAGGGCCCCAGGAUGAAGGCGGCAUGAGGUCGCCUCACCCACCAAUCCGUCACCGGGUGUCAUCGCCCAUCCUGGGCCUCCCUGGGGCCUCCCUAGCAGAGCCACGAAUGCUGUCGCCCAGCUCUGCCUUGGCCCCAGUACCCAUUCCUGCCCUGGCACCGCUCCCAGGACCCCCCCAAAGUCCCAGUUUACUCACCUACAUUUGCCCCUGGGAGAACACAGAGCUGCCAGUCAAGAAAGAAAAUACUGCCCAGAAAGGCAUCUCUGGGCUGGAGCCAGGCAGCCACUCCCCCGCCCCGGCUAGAGCCAAGCUCUGGAGGGCCCUCUCUGUGGCGGUAGAGAAGAGGGCGUCUAGGGACAAUGAUGUGGACACCAAGGACGGGCGGCCACAGGGGGAAGCAGGUGAGGGGGAUGAAGACAGGCCCAAGAUCUUCUCGAAAUCCCACAGCCUCAAGACACCCAUGCAGGAGGGCUCCAUGCGCAGCUUGGGCCUGGCCAUCAAAGCACUGACACGGUCCCGGAGCACGUACAGGGAGAAGGAGGGCUGCGAAGAUGGCCACGAGAUGGAGAAGGGCAGGGCUACAGCCCCCUGGUCUCCCAGGCCAGGCCGGCCCAGGGCGGUGGGUAAGCAGGUGGCCCUGGCAUCCUGUGAUGACGAGGAGUCCCUGCAGAACCAGCAGAACGCACACACCAGCAGAAUGCUCCAGGUCUGUCACCAGGAGGGCGGGAGGGAGCAAGACAGAGGCCGGAAGAUGUCCCAGGGCCUCAGGGAGCACAGAGUUGAGAGAGUGGGCAAAACAGGGCUGGCCACGCUGAGGCAAGUGUUUGGGGACAAAAGUGCUGAGCAAGCCAAGGAAGUCCCGGUAGGGCGGCAGGAACCGCUCCAAAGUGGCCUCCAGUUGCCGGGCAGCGCUGACCGCAGGGUAGCAGAGGCGUGUCCCUGGGAAGUGGCCGAAUCAGAUGUGGGUGGGCUGGACAACAGCAGCAAGGCCCAGAUCUGCCCCUGGGAGGUAAGCGAAGGAAGUCCAUCAGGUCAGCAGCCAGGUGAUACCCAGGAAGACAAGAGGACAGCCACAGGCAAAUCAGAGCUCAGGGGGGCGGCAGCUGUCACAGCUCGGAAGAGGCCAGAGAGGCUGGUACGGAGCCAGGAGGCUGUGUGUCCCUGGGAGGGCACCGACCCCAGAGCAGUGGGCAGUGUGGAUGGGAAGAAGCCAAACAAGCCCCAGGGGGAGGCCCCUGGCACGGAGGCUCGGUCCCCUCAACCUGCCAAGGCAGAGCUGUGCCCCUGGGAGGUGGAUGAAGGGGACCAGGGGACUCCUCCCCCAGGAGAGAGGGAGCUCCCUCGGGAAGGGCAGGGCCCUCCCAAGAAAGCAGCCCUCUGGAGGGGACAGAAGCUGGAUGGAGGCCUGGAGUCUUUGUGUCCCUGGGAGAGCACAGACUUUCGGGGCCCCUUGGCAGUCCCUCUCCAGGCCUCGGGGAGCUUGGGCAGCAGUAUCACUGAGGUGUGCCCAUGGGAGGCAGGAGACACAACGCCUGACCCCAGGAAAGCAGAUGUCUGUCCUUGGGAGGUCAGUGAAGGACUGGAGGACGGGACUUCAGGACAGGCAGCCAAAGGACACUCUGAAAAGGCUAAGGAGAAAAUGUCUGCAAAAAGAGAGACCCGAGAUGUCACUUCCAAGGACAGGCCUGAGGUGCAGGCCUCAAAGCAGGAAUCAGUCUGCCCCUGGGAGAGCACGGAUCCUGGCAGCAUUCCCCCACCGCCUGGUGCCCAAAACUCAGAGAGACCCCAAGUUAUUUCCCAGAGUUCAGGCAGCAUGGGAAGCAGGGCUGCCGAGGUCUGUCCGUGGGAAGUGGAUGACGCCCUGAUGGCUGAGAAGGCGCAGAUCUGUCCCUGGGAGGAGGGUGCUGGAGCAAGGGAGAAAGAGGAUCCGGAUCGAGGAACUGAGGCCCCCAGAAAAUCUCCAAAUGCUGCUGUGGGAGAGGCGUGUGCAGGUUCCAGGCCCAGAGAGACACAGGAGCCAGGGCGGCCAGGUGUACAGGAGGAAGUGGUCUGUCCCCAGGAGACCUCAGGUCCAGGGGACUGUCAGCAUGAGGAUGCUUUGGACACUGACAGGCCAGGAGUGGGACUCCAGGACCUGGGCAGUGUGGGCUGCAGGCCGACUGAAGUGUGUCUCUGGGAAGUGCAGGAAGCUGCCACCAGCAACAAAGCCAAGAUCUGUCCCUGGGAGGUGAAUGAAGGAGAUACCCGGAAGGGGUCAGAGCAAGACACAGGGAGUACACCAGCACCAGCGGGGUGCUGGGAGGAAACCCUAGAACAAGGAGGGCUUCCUGCCCUGGGACGAGGGGUGGCAAACUUGGAGGCAAAACUCCAUCCACAGCAGGAAGCUAUUUGUCCUUGGGAGGCCCAGGACUUGGAAUCCUCUGCCCUGGACACCAAGGUCUCGGACUUGUCCUUGGCAGUGAGUGCAGAAGCAACAGAGAAGGGGACACUGAAACCAGACCCACAGAUGGGCUUCCCCCCAGAACACAAGAGCCAGGGAAAGGCUCCAGCUUGGAAGGCUGACUUGGCGAUUGACGGGGAGGAACAAGCAAGGCGCAAGAGUCAGUCUGUUUGUCCAAGAGACAACAUGGUGCUGGAGGACUCUCUGUCCCACCCAGCCAGCCCGCACCCUGCCCAACGGGAAGCCAGUUUCCAGGCCCCAAGCAGUGCUGGGGCCAGCGCCGCCCAUCUGUGCCCAUGGGAAGCUUCUGACCCAGAUGUAUGUCAAGCUGAUAGCAGUGCCAAGGCCGAGGUCUGUCCCUGGGAGGCCAUGGAGAAAGUCCCUGAGAAAGGGGCAUCCAAACAGGAUGGAAAGGGAGACCCGCAGGAGGGAACAGGAAGAGUCCUAGAAAGACCAGAGCCCCCAGGGGUGGCAGCUCUGGAAACGCCCGAGAUGGCAGAUGGCAGGAAGCUGGAGGCUGUGUGUCCCGGCGACAGGAGAGACUGUGGCGGUCUGUCACCACAGCUGGCCCUGGGUACUUCUGAUGUGUGCAGAAACAGAUCAGAGGCUGCAGGCCAUGUGAGGACCCGGGUGGCAGAGAUGUGUCCUUGGGAAGUGGAAGAGGUGUCCUCUGCCAAGAAAGCAGAGGUCUGCCCUGGGGAACUGGGUCCAGGGGCAGCAAGGGAAGGGGCACUGGCACAAGAGGUGGCUGGAGGGUCCCAAGGACAAGGAGAGGCAUUCCUCCCAAGGACAGGAUCUGCAAGGGCUGAGGGAGACUCUUCAGAAGUAGCAGCGACACUCAGGCUGACACUCAGGCAAGAGCAGGACACAGUCAGCCUCCGGGAGGGGGCAGGGUCAGAGGGCCUUGUUCCCCCAGGAGAUGCACUGGACACUGACUAUGAGAAUGGCAGCUGCCGAGGAGCAGGCAGUGUGGGGACCCAGAUAGCAGAGCUCUGUCAGUGGGAGGUCACAGAUCCUGAAGGAAAUAAAAUAAGGGGCACCAUGGCGGACAUCUGUCCCUGGGAAGAGACUCAGGCCCCAUCUGAAGAACCCGGGCUCCUGGCUUUAACAGUGGCUCAGGCAGAGAAUGUCCCCCGGGCCCCUGAGAAGUCCCUGUGCCUCCCCAUUAGUUUCUUUCCAGAAAGCAAGAGCUCCCGCCCUGAAGGGACCAAGGGGAACAAGGCAGCUGGUGCUGGUCCCCAGGAAGAUGUCAGGGAACUUCAGGGAGCUUCAGUGCCAGGGCCAAGGACCAGCGCCGCCCCGGAGCUCAGUCUGCAGGAAGCAGAGGCUCAGAAGUCAUCUCCUUUAGCUGAGGACCGAGGACAAGCAGCCUCGGAAACUCAGGGGGACACUGCUGGCCCUCCACCUGCUUGUCCUUGGGACUGAGUGACACCUCUGUCAAGGGAAGGCACAGAGCCCAUCCUCGGGAGCUGAGGUCCUGCCCACAUCCUAGCGUCCAGACACUUGCCCCCACUCCCCAGGAGCCUGAUGGCCACUGGACUGAAAAACUAGUGAGAAGGGUGCUGCUCAGAGCUGGAGGGAAGUCCCGUGUGGAAAACUGACUUUCCCUCCUGCUCAAGGAGCUAACACUCAGGGGCUGGGGAUUUAGCUCAGUGGCACCAGCACCUGCCUGGCAAGUGCAAGGUCCUGAGUUCAGUUCCUGGUACCCCGCUAAGAAAAGAAACUAAAGCCACACCCUCUGCUUCCGAGGACAUGGCCUCCUACCCAUCCUGAUCUCUCGGACAAGCCCCCAGGUCUGGACCCUCAGCUGAGAAGGGUGUCAGUGGGGCCCAGAGUGGGGAGACCCAAUUCCCCUCUGCAAGAGGAGCUCUGCCAGAGAAGUGACAGACCAUGCAAGGCCAUGGCAACCCCGGGAAUGGGGCAGAGCAGGUGUUGGGUCUCCCCAAAAGCUCAACAAGAAGCACACACUCGCAGUGGAGAGCUGAAGGGAGAAAACCAAAAGCACUCAGAUCACGGCCUGAAAAGCCUAAAGGCCAGGUGCAGUCUCCUGAGUCUGAGGCUCCUGUUUGCGUUUUGCUGCUGGCUCCUCGCACCUGCCCUGCUGGACUGCGGCAGACAGGCAGGCACUGACGUCCAGGCCAGCAUCGAGCCUCCUCACCACACUGGGGGCAGGGGGGUGGGGCAGGCAGAGCAGUGUCCCCAAGCCCUCUCGGGCUCCUCUGCGUGCCUCCUGCAGGCUUUUAACUCAUCUCUUCGGGCUUCUUCCCCUCCUCCUGGUCCUUUCACUGCUGUCAGUGCAAUGAGACCUGUCCGGUGACAGCCUUUGCUCCAUCUCCCCCAAAGAGCAUGGGCAGGUUAGAGGGUGUGGAGCAGGACAGGGUGGAUGGAGUAAACACAAAGCCCUCUUUCUUAGGCAGCCUGGCUGUCCACUCCACAGGCAGUGUUAGGUAACAGUGCAGGGAUCCAAUGGCCCAUUCAGAGGGAGCAGGGAGGAGAAAAACACCCAAGCAAGAAGAGGAGGAGAGACCGGGGUAAGCAGGUGCUCUGCGGCCACAGAGCGUCCCAGGGUGGUGUGUGGGGACAACUGCCUCCCUUCCCCUGGGCUUCGAGUGCCCACCUAGCCCCCACUGCUGAGCCAAUGUGUGCUAAGGCAGCUGUGUGCCCCAGAACAGCCCUGCUGGUCAGACCCCCAAGAAGAGCAAAGUUGUCCCCACAUUAACUCUUGUGAAAUAAAGGUACAGGCAGAAGGAAUAAAGAAAGUGUUUUCUGGA